UAAAGCUCGAACAAACAUGAACCAAACUUGAACAAGAUGAUAUUAAAUGAACACAAACAUGAACACUCACAUACUCGGCUCGGCUCGGCUCGGUUCGUUUACAGCCCUAGCUAUAAUCUUUUUAUAGAUACCUCAUGUUGAACCCCAAUCGUAGUAGUGUUCCUUUUUAUAGAUACCUCAUGUUAAAGUGGAAUUUCUUCAUUUAUUUUCUUUGUCUAUAAAUUAAAAUACUUGAAUCAUCUUUCCAUUGAUUGUUUUAAUAACAGGUUGAUGUGCUGUGCAUGAUGCUUUCUCUUGGGUCUCUACUAGCUAAAUUUUUUUGUUCAAAUUAAUAUUGCAUACCAUCAAAGCAGAUUAAUGAAUCCUUUGCAAGUUUUAUUUUGGACAGUUAGCACAUCAAAUUUUAUUUUGGGUUCUUUACAAAUUUUUUUCUAAAACUUUCAUGUAUUAUGUUAUGAUAUACUGUAGUGGUUAUUGAAUUUUUUAUAUGUGAUUGAGAAGAGUGUUAUUCUGCAAGGUUUUCGGAAGUUGUCGAACUAUUGGGUGUCUGGUGGUUGGACAUAGAAAGCAAUAUUAACUCUAGGAUACUCUCCAAAUGGUCAAACUAUUCAGCUUAUCUUAUAUUCAAACUAUCAAAUAGUGCAAGGGGCUUAAGUCAUCCUCUCUAGGAGGUUUCUGUCACUAUAGGAGCCCAUGUUUCAGGGUUCUCGAUGUGCUUGAUGGAAGAACAAGAAUCUUCCAGGCUUGGGCCAAAUUUUCUUAGGCGGAUUAACCUAUUGCGCCAUGUGAUUUUUGCACAAGAGCUUCUAGAAAUUUUACGAGAUCCUUUGAAUGAUCAAGCAGUCGAAGCACCAAAUGUGCCGGACGAGACGGAUGAACCUCAGGAUCAAGCACAUAAGGAUCGUGGAAUUGUUGAAAAACCUCAAACAAGGAAGGAUGGGUGGAUGGAAAUUUUGCUGGGCGAGUUCUACAAUGAAGAAGGAGAUAAUGAGGAUGUUGCUAUGUCAUUUUCGGAGAUUAAAGGCCGAAACUAUAAGAGUGACCUCAUUGUGCAGGGAAUCAAGAUUAGGCAUCCUAAGAAGUAAGGAGAACAUUCUAGUAAGCUAGAUAAGUCUUUGCAUUUUCUUUUAUGUUUGGUCUUUUUGCUGUACAGAUAAUUCUAAUAAUUUUAAUUGUACUUUUGAUUGUUUCUGUGAAAGGGAACUUCUGUAUUAAAAUCUCACAGAAACAAGCAAAAGCACAAUUCAAAAUUAUUAGAAUUAUCUAUACAGCAGAAAGAUCAAACAUAAAAGAAAAAUAUGCAAAGACUUAGCUAGCUUCCCAGGAUGUUCUCCUUACUUCUUAGGAGGCCUAAUCUCAAUUCCCUGC